AUGGGAAGCAUCUAUGCACACACCCAAACUUGGCAGGAUAUUGUAGCACAGAAGCGCGCCUUGCGAGACGAAGCAUUGAAACCGUAUCUGGUGGACGAUUUAGAGUCUCGCGCGCCGAGGGUGGACAAUGUCGCUAAACGGUCCAUCAUCGAGUCCGAUCCCAAAAUCCAAAAGAUCACCGACAUCGACAGUAUCCCUGUUCUGCAGCAGUGUUUGAGUCAGGGGGAAUUCACUGCUGAGGAGGUCAUUUUGGCGUAUAUCAAGAGUAUGCCGGAAAUAUUCCAGGGCAACGGUUGCGCAUCAGCUGGUGGGCUUUACCCAUACAAAGUGGAAUUAAUGAAAAACGUGCCGAUACUGAUCCUCAAUACUAAGACAAACGCGAUUACCGAAGUGAUCUUUGACGAUGCCUUGAAGCAAGCCCAAGAGUUGGACCGAGAAUUCCAAGCAACCAAAAUGGUCAAAGGUCCGCUGCACGGCAUCCCUGUCACGGUAAAAGACCAAUUCAACAUUAAGGGUUAUGAUUCCACCUUGGGCUACGUUGGUCGUUCCUUCAAGCCUGCCGCGGAAGAUGCGGUUAUUGUUCAGAUAUUGAAGGAUCUGGGAGCAGUUGUCAUUGCCAAGACGAAUCUUCCUCAGAGCAUCAUGUGGUGUGAAACUGAAAACCCCCUCUGGGGCUUGACGGUCAAUCCACGAAAUCCUGACUUCACUCCUGGAGGUUCCACUGGCGGAGAAGCUGCUCUUCUCGCACUGCAUGGCUCAAUCCUGGGCUUGGGCACUGACAUCGGCGGGAGUGUCAGGAUCCCACAGAAUAUGAUGGGAUUGUACGGGUUCAAACCGAGUAGCAGCAGGCUACCGUACCAAGGCGUUCCCGUCUCGACCGAAGGACAGGAACACGUUCCCUCCGCGGUGGGGACGAUGGCCCGGGAUUUAUCAACUGUCUGCUACAUUAGUCGGUUGCUCGCAGACAGCAAGCCGUGGACGAUGGACCCGCGAUGCAGCCCGCUUCCGUGGAAUGAGGCCGCGUUCCAGGAAAUCCAGUCCAGACCAUUAGUUAUUGGCUUGAUUACGGACGAUGGCGUCGUGAAGGUCCAUCCUCCAAUUGAACGAGCGCUCAGAGAGGUCUCUGAGGCGCUAAAAGCGCAAGGACACGAGAUCAUUUCCUGGGACACGUCCGAUCAUAAGGAAUGCAUCGAGAUCAUGGAUCUCUAUUACACCGCAGACGGCGGCGAGGAUAUCCGUCGUGACGUGGCCGUGGCUGGCGAGCCGUUCAUUCCCCACGUGGAGGCCCUCGUCAACAGAGGCAAACCCAUCUCCGUAUAUGAAUAUUGGCAGUUGAACAAACGCAAGGUCGCCGUCCAGAAACGGUAUCUGGACAAGUGGAACGCUGCUCGAUCGCCAUCCGGCAUACCUGUGGACGUGCUUCUGUCUCCAACAAUGCCCCAUACGUCCGUACCUCAUCGCUCGUGCCGCUGGGUGGGAUACACGAAAGUGUGGAACAUCCUCGACUAUCCUGCCAUUACUUUCCCGGUGGAUAUGGUUCGACCGGAGAAAGACAGGUUGCCAGAGGACGCGCCAGCAUACACGCCGCGGAACGAACUCGAUGCGUGGCACUGGAGUCUUUAUAAUCCGGAGCAGAUGGCGGGCCAUCCUGUUAACCUGCAAGUGAUAGGACGGAAACUUGAGGAGGAGAAGGUGUUAGGGGCAGUGAGCGUCAUUGAAAAGGUUUGGAAGGAAAGUAAAAAACAAUAG